AUGAGAGAUUGCACGUCUAGGGGUGGUAGUGGUGCAGCUCAGCCAUCAAGAUCAAUUGCAAUUUCUUCAGCACCAACACGCCCGCAAGGGAAAGUUCCUCAGACACCAGCGGUCCAUGGUGGAGGCCGAGAUAGAGCUCCUACUACAGACGGUCCCCAGAACUGCAGAUGCGCUCUGGUUGGUCGUCAGGGCCGGGAGGCUUCAUCAGACGUGGUUACAUGUACUUUGUUAGUGAAUUCUCAUAAUGAUUUUGUGUUGAUAGAUCCUGGUUCUACAAUAUCAUAUGUUACUCCCUUUGUUGCUACUAAGUUUGGGAUAAAACCAAUAGCCAUUAAACCUUUAGAGGUAGCCACCCCAGUUGGUGAUUCAGUAGUAGCUAGGCGUGUUUUUAGAGGUUGCACUGUUGUGAUUGGUGACCGUAGUACUACAGCUGACUUGAUUAAGUUAGAAAUGGUUGACUUGGAUGUUCCACUUGGUAUCGAUUGGUUUUCUUCUUGCUAUGCUAAUGUUGACUAUGAGCUUCCAAGUCUUACUCCAGAGCGCGAAAUUGAAUUUCCCAUCAAUAUAGUGCAGGGUACACGACCAAUAUCUAUUCCUCCUUAUAGGAUGGCACCAGUAGAAUUAAAGGAACUUAAGGAGCAGUUGAAAGAUCUGUUAGAUAAGUGUUUCAUUAGACCUAACACUUCACCUUUGGGAGCACCAGUCUUAUACGUGAAAAAGAAAGAUGGUUUCCUACGUAUGUGCAUAGAUUACAGACAGCUGAACAAGGUCACGAUCAAGAACAAAUAUCCCCUUUCCAUAAUUGAUGACUUAUUUGACCAGUUUCAGGGUGCCAAAAUAUGUAGAUCAUCUACGUACAAUAUUGGGUAUCCUUUGGGACCAGAAGCUGUAUGCCAAAUCUCAAAGUGCGAGUUCUGGUUGAGUUCCAUAGCAUAUCGUGGACAUAUAGUAUCAUCAGAGGGUAUCAAAGUUGAUGGUCAGAAGAUAGAGGCAGUGAAGAAUUGGCCCAGGCCUACGACGCCACCUGAGAUUGUCCUAGGUUGUGUGCUGAUGCAACACGGGAAGGUAAUUGCUUAUGCUUCCAGACAGUUGAAGAAGCACGAGCAGAAUUAUCGUACACAUGACUUGGAGCUAGCAGCGGUUAUUCAUUUAGCCCGUUUGGGAGUUAGAUUGAUAGAUUUAGAGGAUGGAGGAGUUGUAGCUCAGAAUAUAGCUACCACUUGUUUAGUGAUUAAAGUGAAACAGAGGCAAUAUGAUGAUCCAAUUCCAAUUGAGUACAGUCAGGUAGCAAGGAAAAAGAAAAGUCCACCUUACAAAGUUACUAGCGACGGAGUCCUCAGAUAUAAGGAUAGGCUUUGUGUUCCAGAUGUUGCAGGGUUACACAGGCAAAUUAUGACAGAGGCACAUCAUUCCAGGUAUACCAUUCAUCCAGGCUCUACUAAGAUGUACCAUGAUCUUAAGCAGAUUUACUGGUGGGACGAAAUGAAACAUGACAUUGCAGAGUUUGUGGCCCAGUGUCCUAACUCCCAUCAGGUAAAGUUUGAGCACCAGAAGCCUAACAGUUUGUUACAGGAGAUAGAGAUCCCAACAUGGAAGUGGGAAGUAGUGAAUAUGGACUUUAUCACAGGCCUGCAUUGUACGCGGACUAGGUAUAUUUCUAUUUAG